AUGUCAAACGAAUGUAUGCCUACACCAAAUGAAGAAGAUUGGAGAAAAAUAGCCGAAGGUUUUCAACAUCGAGCAAAUUUUCCACACUGCCUGGGAGCAGUUGAUGGAAAGCACAUUCGGAUAACCAAGCCUCCAGAAAGUGCUUCGUUGUACUUUAAUUAUAAACAUUUUUAUUCCAUUGUUUUACUCGCAGUAGUCGAUUCAAAUUACCGUUUUACUUAUAUUCAUGUUGGUUCAUUUGAAAAAGACUCGGAUUCUACCAUUUUUAAGAAUUCUUGUCUAUGGAAUAAAUUACAAAAUAAUUCAUUAAAUAUUCCAAGCCCAAACUUCAUACCCGGUAUUAAUAUUCCUAUUCCUUACGCAUUUGUAGGUGGCGAGGCAUUUGGUUUAUCAAUAAACGUGCUUAGGCCUUAUGCGGGAAAAUAUUUACAAGAUAUUAAAAGAACUUUUAACUAUAGAUUGUCUCGGGCAAGGCGUUACGUAGAAUGUUCAUUCGGAAUAUUAUCAAAUAAGUGGAGAAUAUUCCAUCAACCAAUUUAUGUUAAUGUGGAGUUUGCUAUUGAUAUUGUAAAAUGUUGUUGUGUGUUACAUAAUUUUGUACGUGAUCGUGAUGGUUUUAAAUUUGACGAUACUUUGAAAUUACAGGGAUGGAAGACCUUGAUUAUGAUAAUUUAG